GUUGAGUCCUUCAGUGAAAAGAACAAAUGAUUCAUUUAAACGAAUGAUUCGCGAAUCAGACGUCACGUACGUGACGUAGCGCACUGUGUUCAAGAACAUGGCGACUGACGAGGAUUCGGAAGAUUAUUUUGUUAGAGAAAUAGAAAAAAAUGACGGGUCUAUUUUAAGAAUUUAUCAGUGCAACAAAGGGGACGUUGGCUGUGUAGUAUGGGACGCUGCUAUUGUCCUGUCAAAAUACCUAGAAACGGAACAAUUUUGCAGUAUUCAGUCUGGUGUUAGUACUUGGUCCUCCAAGAGCAUUAUUGAACUCGGUGCAGGAACAGGACUAGUUGGUCUCGUGGCUUCAACUCUGGGGGCAAAUGUCACAGUGACAGAUUUAGAAGACCUGCAGCCUCUCCUAAAGCUGAACAUUGAGAAAAAUCAGCAACUCAUCCGAAAAGGCUCAAUCACAGCCAAGGUACUGAAAUGGGGUGAAAGUGUUGGAGAUUUUCUUCCUCAUCCUCAUUAUAUUCUGAUGGCUGAUUGUAUCUACUAUGAGCAGUCUGUGGAGCCUCUAGUGGAGACUCUGAAACUCUUGGCUGGACCAGAGACGUGCAUCAUCUGUUGCUAUGAGCAGCGCACUGUUGGUGUCAAUCCUGAAAUAGAGAAGAGAUUCUUUGAGCUACUUGUGCAAGAGUUCCAGUCAGAGGAGAUCCCACCUGAGAAACAAGACCCAGAGUUCAACAGUCCUGACAUUCGUCUUCUCCACCUGCGACGAAGAGUCGACUGAAUGCCUUUUAUGAGGAUGGGCUGUGUAUGUUUGUGUUUUAAUAGACUGCAGUGUUUGUCACUGUACCUAUUAUA